AUGAAAGAGUUGGAUUAUCAAAAAACGUGUCAAGGAUAUUCUAAAGGUCGUUUUGUAUGCUGUUUGCUGCUUGGACUUUUAACUGGAUUACUUCUCUCGACUAAUGAAAUACCCGGAAGGCUGUUUCACUACCACCAACGAAAUACUUAUAAUUAUCGAAAAAAUUACUUAUCAAAUAUAUUAACAGAAUAUAUCUUCAAAAAUAUUGAUCACAAAAGUGAUCAUCAAAUUAAAGUAUCAAAUUCACCUGAUAACUUGAACAAGGAAAGUACUGAGAGUCUACGAAGAAAUAGGUAUACCAAUACUGAUGAUAACAAAACUAACUUAACUUUAUCACUUGAUCCUCCGUUGAAAGUGCACAUAGAUAUAAAUCACUCAAGGAAAUUGUAUAAUAAAAUAAGAAUAUUAUGCUAUAUCAAUACACAUCCAGGGAAUUAUUAUAAGAAAGCUAUCCAUGUACAUAACACGUGGGCUAGAAGGUGUACAAAACACCUAUUCAUAAGCACAAAACCUGAUCCAGUUCUACCAAUAGCUGUUUUAAAACUACCAUAUCCAGAAGUAAGGAUGCAUCUGUGGAGUAAAAUUCGGGCAGCACUUCGUUAUAUUUACCAAUUUCGCGACGAUUUCGAUUAUUUUUGA